UUAAAAGUUAUUAAAUUAUUUGAAGAAUCUGGUCGAGUAUGUUUGCUCAACAUAGAUAAAUGGAGUUUUUACAGCAGGGAACGUAAUGACAAAUUGAAUUAAGAGUUUUGUAUUAAUCUGGGUAAAGAUAGCAUUCUUUUUUAAAGUAAUACUUAUCAACAUUUGAACUCUUCCGUGGUAACAAGUUCCCAGCGCGUCCUAAAUUCUUUUAAAACAACGAUUUCUUAAAAUUCACUCAGAAUGAAUUUAUAUUCUUUCAUUCUUCUUUUGUUCUUCUCACUGACAUCAUCUACCGCUGAGGUAGGUAAAGUGAUCAACGGAGCAAGUAGAUUUCUCAACGUACGUAAUGGGAAUAGAGCUGUCAUUCCUCGGCUUCCAGAGAAGAAUUUGAAGGUGUCUGGAGAUCUAGAUGUCAGUGGUAAGCCGGAUAAGGGCAAUGAUCAUCAUCCAAACAAGGGAAUCGCGACACGUGAAAAGUCAUCCAAAGGCGAAUUUGAAGUUGAAGUUAAAACAAAUAUCGAUUUCGACAAAAUUGGAAAAUUCGUUUCAUCCGCAUUGGAUGACAUCAAGGGCAACAAGAAGCUUGAAGAGAAGAAAAUUAAAGUCGGGAAGAAAAACCGCAAAAAAGGAGAAAAAGAGAAGAACAAAAAAGACGAUGGCAUUGCAGGCAAGGAUGCCGUUGAAGGCCAAAAUAAUAGUGAAGAGAGUUCUAAAGCUAAUGAUAAUGAAAACCUAAACCAAAAUAGUAGCAAAAACGGCAAUAUCAAACAAAAACAGAACAAAGACAACGAUAAUACCGAAAAUGUCAAAGGUGACAUUGAUGUUGACAUAUCUGAGGACCUCGUAGACGAGGUUAAAGAGAUUGGCGAUGUGGUAUUGGGCGACAAAUUAGACAAUUCAGAAAACGACAAUGACAAAAAUAAAGAUGGAGGCGAAAGCGAAAACGCCGAUAGCAACGCUAAAACUGACGUCAAGGAUGAUAAAGACCAUGGUGAUGACGACGAAAUUGAGGACGAUGACGCGAGUGGUGGUGACUCGGAGGACUCGAAAGAUGAUGCGAGCACUUCAUCUUCAUCUCUUCCUCCUGAAACAACCAGCACAACUCCGUCUGUUGAGAUCAAUGUCACUAUUGAAGUAUCGGUUGUCGAAUCUGCUGCUAGUUCGACUUCGCCAUCACCUGAAGGAGACACGACAUCAACUCCCACCACAGCAACAACUGUUUCUGGAAUGUCAUCGGCCGUAACAACUGAGGGCGCGACAACUUUGGUCACUACUGGAUCGACGACAGCUGUUAUGACGACAACAGUAUCUUUAGAGCAACAGACGGAGCCGGCAUCAUCCGAGAAGUCACCUCCCUCCGAAACCUCUACUACGUCCGGUGAAACAACUUCUUCUCCAGAGAAAAGGACGCCAUGUUGAGAAAAUGUUUUUAAAUAAAUGGUUCUGUUGAGUUCAAGAUUAAAAUAAAAUUUCAGUCG